AUGAAAGAGAUACACGACCUGAGGGAGGAUUAUAGAAUGAUAGAAAUGCUUUGGGAAGAGCAAAAAGCGAGUUUAGAAAAUAGAAUAAAACAGUUAGAGGAGAAAGUAGAAAAAAUGGAGAAUAGCGGAGGGGAAAAGCUAGAGAGCAGGGAACUAAUGAAGAAGAUGAAGAAGAUGGAAAGAAACUCUGAAUUAGCCGAAAGGAGAAGAAGGAAAAAUAAUAUAAUUAUAAAAGGAAUGAAAGUAGAAAAUGGAGGUAAAAGAAAAGAGAAGAUGGAGAAAUUCCUUGAAGAAAAAAUCACCAAAAAGAAGGUGAAAGUGGACGAAGUACAGGAUAUCUGGAAGGAGAUGAAAGAAAAAGUAAAGAGCGCUAUCACGAAGCAGAAGAAAAGGAUAAUACCAUGGAGAUUAGGAAGAAAAGAAUGGUAUAAUAAAGAAUGGAAGGAAAGGAAAAGAAGAUUAAGGAGAUUGAUGAGGGACUGGAAGAAGGGAAAAAUCGGAAAAGAAGAGUAUGUGAGGGAAAGAAAGGAGCACAAGGAAUGGUGUAAUGGUAUCUUUCAUUAUCUAGGAGAUCCAGACUCUCAGAUAUCUUCCCGGGAAAAAAUGGAAGAGAUCUGA